AUGGGCUUGCUCGCGGUUGUUCUCGACAGCCUCUGCGAGCGCUGCUCGAACACGUCAGUGCUAGUAGUCUUGGGAUUCGGGCUGUUAUCCCUGCUGGCCGUCUCUGUCAUUUUCAAUAUCCUAAGACAGUUGUUCUUCAAGAAUCCCAAUGAGCCUCCUCUGGUGUUUCACUGGUUUCCAUUCAUAGGUAGCACUAUUAGCUAUGGCAUGGACCCCUAUAAAUUCUUCUUCGAUUGUCGCGCAAAGUACGGCGAUAUUUUCACAUUCAUUCUCCUCGGCAAGAAGACAACAGUUUAUCUGGGAACCAGGGGCAACGAUUUCAUUUUAAACGGAAAGCUACGUGAUGUCUGUGCUGAAGAAGUCUAUUCCCCGCUUACAACUCCUGUCUUUGGGCGUAAUGUGGUGUACGAUUGUCCCAAUGCCAAACUUAUGGAGCAGAAGAAGUUUGUCAAAUUUGGUCUCACAUCAGAUGCCCUACGUUCAUACGUUCGUUUGAUCACUGGCGAGGUAGAAAAUUUUGUCGAGCAUUCUGCGGCUUUUAAAGGGUCAAGUGGCGUUUUCGACGUCUGUAAAACCAUCGCAGAAAUCACCAUCUACACCGCGUCACGUUCGCUUCAAGGAAAGGAAGUUCGGAGCCGAUUCGAUUCUACUUUCGCCGAAUUAUAUCAUGAUCUUGACAUGGGGUUUGCUCCUAUCAACUUCAUGCUCCCCUGGGCACCACUUCCCCACAACCGGAAACGUGAUGCUGCACAGAAAAAGAUGACCGAAACUUAUAUGGAGAUUAUCAAGGAACGCCGUAAUGGUGGAAACAAGAAGGAUUCCGAGGAUAUGGUCUGGAAUCUCAUGUCAUGCAUAUACAAAGAUGGCACUCCGGUUCCAGACGAGGAAAUCGCACACAUGAUGAUCGCCUUACUGAUGGCUGGCCAGCAUUCUUCUUCGUCGACAGCUUCAUGGAUAGUUUUGCACCUUGCAAGAAACCCGCAAAUCAUGGAAGAGUUAUAUGCUGAGCAGAUCCGUGUGCUUGGGUCAGAUCUUCCACCUCUUACUUAUGAUAACUUGCAGAAACUUGACUUGCACGCUAAAGUGAUCAAAGAGACACUACGAAUCCACGCGCCAAUCCAUUCAAUCAUCCGCGCAGUCAAAAACCCUAUGCCUGUGGAUGGCACGCCAUAUGUUAUUCCCAACAGUCACAAUGUCCUUUCGUCACCUGGUGUUACCGCAAGAUCCGAGGAGUAUUUCCCCAACCCUCUCAAAUGGGAUCCUCACCGUUGGGAUGAGACUAUUGCGGCUAGUGCGGAAGAAGAAGACCAAAUUGAUUAUGGAUAUGGACUUGUCAGCAAAGGAACUAAUAGCCCCUACCUUCCGUUCGGUGCGGGACGUCACAGAUGCAUCGGUGAACAAUUCGCCUACGUGCAACUUGGUGCGAUUACUGCGGCUUUGGUGAGGCUAUUCAAGUUCCGCAACCUGCCAAACGUCAAGGAUAUCCCGGAAACAGACUACUCGGUAAGCUACACCCUUUUCAGACCGAUCAUGCGUCGACUUUUAUGGCUACGAUUGACAAAGCUGACCAAUUCUAGUCUCUCUUCUCCAAGCCCGCUGGGAAGUCCAUCAUUCAAUUUGAGAAGCGCGCUACCACCAUUAAAUCAUGACAACCUGCCUGUUACUGUAUAG